ACUAGUCACGUGUGAUGUCAUUCAAGCAAUAAGACGUCAGUAAACAUGGAGGUGGGUGUCACUGGUCCUUUCAACGAGCUGCCCAUAGAGCUUCUUGUCAUCAUCUUCAGGGAACUGUCCAAUAAAGAUAGGGGUUCCUGCUGUCAAGUCUGUAAAAGAUGGAGAGAGGCAAUCAUCUCUGUGCCCUCCAUGUGGCACAAGGUCGAGGUCACUGUCCAUCCUGGCUGGAACUGGAGAAACACCAUUUCAUUUUUUGGUCACAAAGACUCCAGAUUGUACCUCCAUGUCAGACACCUUGUACUCAACUUGGAAAGAAGAGCACAAGGACCACAAACUGUUUAUGCGCCUCAGGCAAACGCUGUUCUCAGCUCAGUGUCCAAACUGUUGCGAGCCUUGCCUCAUGCCAUGACACUGAGAAGUUUCUCUUUCUCGGGUUUCAAGUAUUACAAUGCUAGUAAAGACUGGAAAAGUCGUGUCAUCUGUGACCUAUGUAAAUUUCUGACACGUCAGAGAAGAUUUUUAGAGGAAGUCAGCUUCACAUCUCUGGAGCUGCUGUCGAAGCCUAGCAGCGGGAGGCUGCUCAUGGCGGUUGCUGCCACAGAUGAGGAGGCAGGCGAGAGCAAAGUCAAGCGCUUGUCUCUGACAAAAAUGUUGCAUAUAACCGCCACACCAGGCAGGGCUUUCGUUAAAGCCAUAGAACGAUUUUCGUAUCUAGAGCAUAUCGAAAUCACAUUCGAGCAUCUGACCGAUGAGAUAAUCAAGACCCUGGUGUUUGCCUGCCCUCUCCUGAGACGGCUUACGAUUUUGUUUGAUUUUAGUGUUCAACCCUAUCUUAAAGACCAUCUCUCCCUGCUGAUUUGGAAUGAAGUUGUGGACAAGAACCCUGACUUGCGGGUCGUGUUGUGGCUCAUGGUGGGGGAUAGCGUAUGUAGCUACCUCAUGAACCAGAGCAUGUAUCUGAUUCAAAUACCCGUCGAGGGACUCAUUGUCGAUGUCUCCAGUCUGAACACCAUCACGCCUGUUGUAAAUUGUUACCUCGACACGAUGGCCAAUCAAUUCGGAAACUACCUAGCUUUCCUGGAGUGGUCGUGUGUGGUGCGGGGCAGGUGGUGCUAUGGCCAAGCUCUGGUGACGCUAGUGAGCACGUGUCCCAGACUGGUGUCCAUCUCAAUGAAGAAUAUCCUUCUAGAUCUGGAAACGGCGACAGCCAUCAGUGCCUUCAGCAACAAUAAUGAGCGAGGGAAGAUAAAGCUUCGAGUGGGAGGAAUCUGUGUCAGCAGGGAGGCAUCAUCCAAUGCACUGGAAGAAGGCAUUCGACAGUUGAAGGACAGUCUCGAUCUUCAAAUAUUUAUGUAAGACCAAGCUUCUUGAAAAAAGUUAAAGUGCGAAAAAAUAAUUGUAAGACAAUCAAACAGGACCACGAAGUGAUUAGAAGAGCAUGCUGAUGUCUAAGUCGGUAAAAAUGAAGCUGUCAAUGAUCAGACUUCUGUAGAACACAUACCAUGGGUUACAUCUUUGAUAACACAUUUAAUUUAGAAAGUAUAUAUCUGUGUGAAACUAUAUAAACUCACAGUUUACACACUUCAUUUAACAAGUAUAUGAAUAUGUGAGGAUGCUCACAGUUACACAUUUCCUGUAGAGGGCGCGCAUGUCAGUGAUUGAAGGAUGGAUCAGUCUAGAAGUGUUUGUCAUGGUAAGAACUUCGCCCUGAGAAGUCUUAUUUUUUAUACUUUGUUUACACCCAAUGAAAUGACAUUUUAUCAUUUCUAUCUCCGAAGAAGUUUACUAGGUACUUAAUAAAGGAUCCGUAUGAAGUGUGA